GAGGAGAUUGAGAAUAUGAGUGGACAUCUUAAUGCUUAUACUUCGAGGGAACAAACUACUUAUUAUGCUAAAGUUUCGCAGAAUGAUGUACCUGAUGCACUUGAUAUUCUGGCUGAUAUUCUUCAGAAUUCGAAAUUUGAUGAGAAUCGGAUUAGUCGCGAACGCGAUGUUAUUCUUAGGGAAAUGGAAGAGGUCGAGGGUCAAACCGAGGAAGUGAUCUUCGACCACCUACACGCAACUGCUUUCCAGUACACUCCCCUUGGCAGAACCAUUUUGGGACCUGCUCAGAACAUCAAGACAAUCACCAAAGCUCAUUUGCAGGACUACAUUCAGAAGCAUUACACUGCUCCCAGGAUGGUGAUUGCUGCAUCUGGAGCUGUAAAGCAUGAAGCUUUUGUUGAGGAAGUGAAAAAAUUGUUUACUAAGUUGUCAACUAAUCCCUCCACAGCAUCUCAGUUGGUCGAAAAAGAACCAGCAGUUUUCACUGGUUCUGAGGUAAGAAUAUUAAUAUUGAGCACAUUUGAACCUGUUGUUAUAGUUAGUUAAUUUAUUAACUAUGUU